AAGCAGGGAUCACUUCCUCUAAAUACGUCUCGAUCAGGUUUCAUCUGGAAACGUAUUUAUAUAUUUGGCUGAAGGGCCACUUUUUAAAUUAUUUACUCGUUUGAGAAUAACUAACUCUGUGUGACGAGCAGGGAGGAGGAGGAGGAGAAAGAGGAAGAGGAGGAGGAGGAAGGGUUGGGGCGACUGACGGCAGAUGCCUUUGCAGCAGAGGACCAAGGAGGAUGAGUGAGUAUGCGCUGCUGCGGGACAAAAUGCGGAUACGUUUGAUUUUGGUGGAAAAACUGCCACAUCUCGUGAGUUUCUGAGCGAAAACGCCGACAAUCCGCAACGCAGUGUCAGGAGUCUGAUUUGGGACGGAUGUGUGCUGCACUUCUGCAUGCCUGGAUCACUUCUGAGGAGGAAAUGCAUGUCUUCGGACGCUGUCAGUCUUGUCUUGAUUGAACCAGCCUGGAUGUUCUGUUGAGAUCUAUCAGCUUGGUAACGAUGGAGAGUGGAGUUUUUCUGCCCUGUCUGGAUCAGUUCAUGCUGAGCCCACUUGUCACUUGGGUGAAGACAUUUGUGCCAAAUGAUGGAGGCGUGCACUUGGAUUUCUCUGAACUGCUGGAUGGAGUCUUCUUGAAUGACAUAAUGACUCAAAUAAAUCCCUCAGAGGCACCUCAGGGUGCAAGCAAAGUGAGCAGAGAUCCCAGUCAGAGGGUCCAGAAUCUGAACUGUCUUGUCCAGCAAAUCAAGACCUAUUAUUUGGAUAAUCUGAGACAAUUAAUCAUGAUUCCUUUGCCAAAUGUGUUGCUGCUUGGCAAGACUCCUUACUGUGAACAAAGUCUGGAUGAAAUGAAGAAACUAUUGCUGUUACUCUUGGGAUGUGCAGUUCAGUGUGAGAAGAAAGAGGAGUACAUCGAGAGGAUCCAGACGCUUGAUUUUGACACAAAAGCUGCAAUAGCUGCACAUAUCCAGGAGUUGACCCACAGUCAGGAGAAUGUGCUGGAUCUGCACUGGUUGGAGUCCAGUGAGGUUCACCUAGAUGAAAUGGAGACGGUCGCGAGGAACAUGGCAACUCACCUCCGACAUCUGCUGGAACAGAGGGACACUCACCUGGAGACUAUAGCAGAGUUAAUGCAGGAAAAGGAAGGUGUAGUUAGUUCGCUCAGUAGCCCUUCCAGCCCACAGUCUGCCAGCUACUCUCCCAGCAUGCAGCAGCAGCAGCAGGUGGGGACCCAGCAGCACCUGGCCGUGGAGUUAGCCGACUCCAAGGCAAAGAUCAGACGACUGAGACAAGAACUCGAGGAGAAAAGCGAGCAGAUGCUGGACUGCAGACACGAGCUGGAGAACAUGGAGGCCGAACUGAAGAGGAUCCAGCAGGAGAACUCCCAGUUGCUUGUGGAUGCACGUGCAGCUCGUACCUACCGGGACGAACUGGACGCCCUGCGAGAAAGAGCCAUCAAGGCGGACAAGCUGGAGAGUGAAGUGGGACGCUACAGGGAGCAACUGCACAAGAUGGAGUUCUACAAGGCCAAAGUGGAGGAGCUGAAGGAGGAUAACAGGGUGCUCCAGGAGACCAAAGAGGUAUUGGAGGAUCAGUUGGAAGGCUGGAGGGCACGUUCAGAUAAAAUACACCAGCUGGAGAAGCACAGUCUGCUGCUGAAGGCCCGGGUCCACGACAUGGAGCAGGAGAAGGAGGCAGAUCGGAGGCGCAUCGAGGAGCUGCAGGAGGAGAACCUGGCUUUGUGUUUGGCUCAGAGGAGAAGCAUGGAGGAGUCUCAGCACCUGGGCUGGGAGUUAGAGCAGCUCUCCAAGACCACAGAGAACUCCCAGGGCCAACAGACUCUGAGCGAAGAGGUCAGUGAGAGGACACGUAGUCGGAUGCUGAAGCUGGAGAAGGAGAACCAAAGUCUCCUGAGAACCAUUGAGGAGCUCAGAGCCGCUACUAUUAAUAACAGCACUCAAGCCAAACAUAAUCAGCAGGUGAUGUGUAGCACAAAGAACUGUACCUCAUCAAUAGAUGAAUCCUCGGUGUUGCAAACCUCCUGCUCAAAUGCAGGAAACCACACUCACCCGCUCAGUACAGUGACACAACAGUUGCUGAAUGGAGAUUCAAACUGCCACCAGCAGCUUCAUACAGAAGAGCUGGAGGGAGUCCAGAGCGAGAUCUUCCUCACAGAUACUCCAGACUUUCAUAUUCAGGAGAAAGGACAGCUAGAGGAAGGAGGCAGCGGAGAGCGCUUCAAAGAAGUGAUGUCUGACCUGGAAGUCUUAGAAAACAAUCACAAUAGGCUCCAUUGUUUUGUUGGAUCAUGUGAUCACUCCCCUGGCUCGAACAGCAGCAGUCCCUGCCAUGACAGCAUCUUCACAGGUCUGCCAACACGCUCCUCCUACGCCAGCAAGCACACACAGCGGCUGGAGGCCAAGUGCAGGGCCCUGGACACAGUUAAUCAGCACCUACAGAUUUCCCUCGACAACACUGAUCGAAAAGUUCAGCGUCUGGAGGCAGAGGUUCAGGAGCUGGAAGCAGAGAACCAGAGUCUACAGGCCACCUUAGAAGAACUUCGGAUCUCUGCAAGACGCCUGGAGCAACUAGAAACAGAGAAACAGAACCUGGAGCAUGAAACUACCGCCCUGGAGAGAGACAAGAGGCAGCUGGAGAAAGAGAAUCGACGACUCCGGCAGCAGGCUGAGAUCCAGGAAGCCAACUUAGACAGCAGUAAUGUCUGCAUGGCUAGCUUGGAACGGGAGAUGCGCUUUCUGGUGAAGGAGGUGGAGGGGUUAAGAGAAACUGCUGAGAGGGUCAAAGGCCUGGAGAGAGACAACAGAGAACUGACCAAGCAAGCUGCUAUCGACCAGAGGACCCUGGCAACCCUCAGAGAGGAGCUGGUGAGUGAGAAGCUGAAGACCCAGCAGAGAGACAAUGAAUUGGAAAAGUUGGCCCAUGAGUUGGAGAUGAAGGUCCUGAACCAGGAGAGUCCACAGCAGGCUGAACAAGAGACACCAGACAACAGCAGGUUCAAAAUGCUGGAGUCAGAGUUGGAGUCGUCUCUUAAAAGGUCUCUGCAGAUUAAAGACGACAAGAUAGCUGCUCUGGAGGCCCGUCUGCAGGAAUCCUCCUCGCUUAACCAGCAGUUGCGCCAGGAGCUGAAGACUGUGAAGCUGAGCUGUGAGGCCUUGCAGCAGAGGCAGGAGGAGGAGUGGACGACAUCCAGCUCCAGCCCUCCAAGAGAGAGCGGCAAGGCUGUGAGCGAGUGGCUGCGUGAAAGUCAGGAGGCUACCAAGGAGCUGCUGAAGCUCAAAGACCGGCUCAUUGAGGUUGAGAGAAAUAAUGCGACACUAGAGGCAGAGCGCCAGGCUAUGCAGGCCCAACUAAAGCAUCUGGAAAGUCAGUCAGUCAGCCAGCAGGCUCAGAUUCUCGCCCUGCAGAGGCAGGCCGCCUCUCUGCAGGAGAACAACACAGCCCUGCAGACACACAACGCUAACCUCCAGGUGGAGAAGUCAACGCUGAAUUCACAGAGUGCCUCCCUGGUGGCCCAGAACGCUCAGCUGCAGCAGCAGCAGUCUGGGACAGAGUGUGAGCGGGACAGCGCCAUGCGUGAGCGUGAAGAGCUGCGUGGCGUUCACGAGCAGCUGCUACGAGAUCAUGAGCGGCUGGCAGUUCUGCAUGAGCGACAGGCCAUGGAGUAUGAGGCCCUGAUGGGCAAGCAUGGCUGUUUGAAGAACGCCCACCGCACACUGGAACUGGAGCAUCGCACACUGCAGGACAGAUAUAACAGCCUGUUGCAGAAGCGAACAAAGCUAGAAGACCUGGAGAAAGCCCUGACAGAAGAGCAGAUGAGAAUGGCUCUGGAAAAGGAACAACACAGGACAACUGCAGCUGAAUGUUGCCGGCUCCGUGAUGAGAAGGACUGGCUCAACCAGACAUACCGUCAGGUUCUUAAUGAUAAUGAGGUGCUGACAGCGGAUCACAAACAGCUUAAGAGUCAGCUGAAUGAGGCCAAGCUGGAGCACACCUGGCUGGAAGCAGACUUUUCCAAGCUCAAAAAGGAGUUUCAGCAGCUGGACAUCGCCUCCACGAAACUCACCAACCAGUGUGAGUUGCUAAGCCAGUUGAAGGGCAACCUCGAGGAGGAGAAUCGUCACCUGCUUGGUCAGAUUGAGACCUUGAUGCUACAGAACCGGACUUUGUUGGAGCAGACUAUGGAGAGCAAGGAUCUGUUUCAUGUUGAAGAGCGACAGUAUAUCGACAAGCUUAAUGAUUUAAGGAGACAGAAGGAGAAGCUGGAGGAAAAGAUAAUGGACCAGUACAAGUUUUAUGAGCCCUCACCUCCUCGUAGACGGGGUAAUUGGAUAACUCUGAAGCUGAAGAAGCUGAUGAAAUCCAGCAGUCGUGAGCAUGGACCCGAGUGGCCGCCCACCCCCACACACUCAGGCCUUGCAGAAUCCCACCUCUCCUCUCAAGACAACAGCUCCUUCAUCAGCUCAGACGGCUCCGGAGGCUCAGCCUCCACCUCAGCAGGUGAUGCCAUCUCACCCCACCGUAACAGCACCACUCUGAAAAUGUUUCCCCGUAUGAGGAACAGGCUGAAGGACAGAGACAAAGUCAAGUCCCUCUUCCGACGUUCCAUGUCCUUGAGCAGCUUAUCGUAUCCCUCGACCCCGUUUGAGGCGAACCGACGGGCCGACAGCUCAGAACAGCUGGAAGGUUCAGAGGUUGAUAUGGAGGAUCACAGGAAGGACCCACUGACCUCAUCUCUUACCACUUCCAUCUUGUCCAUCCUCCACCUUCAUCAUCCCACCACUCUGCCAUCUGGUCAUCUCAACAGCACCAACAAUGAUACUGUUCCAGAUGUUUCUGAGCAAUGGGUGACAGACAAGGAUUCAAACGAUAGCACCGCACCAUCUGGAUUUGAGGACAAUGACGAGCUUCAGCAUCACGGGCUGAAUGGGGUCCAGAGUCGAGCCCAAAGUGAGAGCAGCGGAGAGUUCAGUCUGAGCAUGGAGAAUGAGCCGUGGUCAAACGGUAGCAGCCCUGUCCAGCAGCCUCCAUCACGUCGCUCCUCCUACCAGGCACCCAGUGAAACCUCCACCCCCCAACACAACACAAAGCAGCAGCAGCAGCAGCAGCACAAGGGAAAAGCCUCUACCAUGGCCACUACCAACCGUCAGGGUGCAGAUGUCCAGAAACAGAAAGAUCCCGUACUGUCUCAGGACUUCUGGCUCACAAGGGGAACCAAAAGCAUCCGAAGGGGGUCAAGAGGGAAGGUGACACGUCGCUUAUCAGAUUCAGGAGGCAAAAUAAAUCCAGAGCUCAAUGGGAUGAGUUCAAAACUGAGCGACAGCAAAGCCGAAACUACCCGCGCUUCUGCCUGUUCACCAAUCACAGUGCUGUAUGUUCAGGGUAAGUCAUCCUCAAUGUCUGGCUGCCUCAACUGCUUCUCCACCCCUCUGGGGAAAGAGGGGCGGCUGAAAGGGGGUAGGUCACCCAAAACUCUCCCCCGUGCCAGCAGUGUCAUUUCUACAGCAGAGGGCUCAUCCCGACGCUCCAGUGUCAGCAGCGAAUGCAAGGUGGCAGUAAAGACUGACCUGAUUCCUGUCCAGGUUUCAGAAGAGAGCAAAAAUCAGGAGAAAACGGCCAGUCAGGAUCUAAAACCAGACACCAAGAACAGUGGGCCGGAACCCAUUCCGCCUGUCAAACCACCCAGAGACCCCACAGCUGUUCCCUCAGACCAGCCCAAAUCUCCUGUGCAGGAGUCACUGUUUGGCUCCUCGUUCACUUUUAACUCUGUCUUCUCAAACACAAUCUUUAGUGAUACUGUGGUUACAGCCACGACUGGUCUGGAUGUACUUGACACCAACCAGACCUUCUUCUGUCUGAGUCCAUCUCUGGUGCAAAGCGGUCAUCUUGAGAGCUGUGAAUCUGCUGAAAACACACCACAGACACUGCUCAGUGUGGAAAAUGAGCAGAGUCUAAAUGCAGAACAUGCAGUUGGGCUGGAAGGGAAGGACAAAUCACACACUGUUGCAUGAAAGCUGCCAUCACGUCAUUGUACCUUCAGUCAUUAAAAGAAAGCAGGUGGCAGUUUUCAUCAAGCACACAUUUUAAAUGACUGUAAUCAAAAUGUUUGCACUGUAUUCCACUGAUCCCCUGAGUCCACAUAUAUACUAAGAGGUUUGUUUCAACAGAAUGAAAUAAUAAACAGUUGUUAUUUCAUUUUUUCAGGACAAUAUAAUAUACCUGAGCCAUACAUCCAGAGACUCACAGUAUUAUCUUUCUAUCCUGGAUCUCAUUUUGCACAAGUGAUUUUUAUCAUAUAUAGUUAGAUUUCCUCUUUUUCCCAUGAAUAAUUAUUGGUACUUGUGAGUCAAGCCUGUUUACCUUUUUGUUGGACAAUCCUAUGUUCUGAAUAUUUGCAAAAUAUGUUGUUCAUUUUUGCUGUUAUGUCUUUCCGUAUACACAUACAGAACUUUUAACUUAUUGUUCCAUUGUGUUCUGUGUGUUUUAGAUUUGAUUUUGCUUGAGGGAGGAUGUGGUGUUCAUAUGUGACAAAAUGUGUAUAUCCUGUAAAAUAUGGUGUCAACCUGAAUGCUAUUUUCCCUUAAAUAAAGAAACCCUCUGUGUAAAAUGUA